UACGCCACAGCCUUCAGUGUCGGCAACUUCAACAGCCAGAGGUUCAACUCCACCUGAUCCUGAUAUCAGACAUGUUGUGGCUGAUCCUAGUGAUUUUGUGUUUGCUGUUACCGGGUCCACUGUUUCCAUCUACAGCCAGCUACAGACCUCAGCACACAAUCCGGUAAUUAUCUGGUACCACGAGAGCCCUGUGGGAGACAUUGAUAUGCUCUGUCUUUUCACCCAGUCUUCACUGAGUUUUGAGCGUGGCCGAGGAACACUUCCAGACGCUUCGGGUAAAACUUCACUGACUCUCUGGAACUCCACAAUGUCAGACGCAGGACGUUACUUCGCCACCCUGCAUAUCAAUAGGAAGAGGACGCACGUUAGCGGCUCCGCGCAGUAUUUGGUUGUAACAGACCCUUCUGGCCCGGCCAUGCGUUUGUACCGCGGGGCUGAUGACCUUGGCUCUCCCUUGUUUUUCUGUGAGGUGACCGGGGCAGGUGCGAACUGGAGCGAUCCGUAUUGGCAAAUCAAGGCAAACGGAGCAGUGAGCACCCUGGACGGUAUGACAGCAAAACGGAUUGGCGCUGAUGGAGUCUUCACGCGAUGGUCCAUCAUCAGACUCAACUCUACACUUGCUGUGACAUGUCUGUGUCACCAAAAGAACGGGACACGCGUUCUCUUCAGCUCCAAUGAAGUAGACGCGCGUAAUGGGGCAACUGCGUGUGACUGGCUGGUUUUCCUCAGUCCUCCGUGUCUUCUCCUGUUUCUGCUCACAAUGGCGGCAGCCAUCCUCUGGACACGGAGACUCCGCCGACUCAGAGCUGCAUGAUGCAAAGCAGAACAUUUGAAACCUGCGAUGUGUGGAACGCAACGUCUUUCAUUCCUUACAUUGUAUAACUAUCAGUUGAAAUACCCCUCUCCUUCCUUUGCCAGCAAAAAGACACAUAACCUACUGUUACUAAAGUGCAAAAGCUUGGGGCGGGGAUAUUUUGUAAAGAUGUAGGCUAGAAUGAAAUUUCCCUCACGGGAUCAAGAGAUGCAGAAUGUUACAUGUGAUGUAAAUCAUAAGGUUAGAUAAAUUGAAGAUAUUGUUGGAAAAAUAAUGUAUUAUUGGUGUUUUUUUACAUUGGAAUUGCUUUCAUUUCUGUUGUCUAAAAUAAAAUGUAUCAGG